CGUGAUGUCACAAGUCAGUAAUUGCUGAAAUUUAACACCAACUGGUACUAGGAUCACCACGGCUCCCCUUGUAACAUUGCAAGUCAAGGCAUCUGCAGAAAUCAGUGCCUGGAGGUACAGCAGGGAAGUCUGCAGGAGCGCUCGCUUGGCAUUCACUGAACGGAACCUACGAGCAGUAGAACUGACAGCCACUCUGCAGAACAUUAGCCUACUGUAACUGUACAACACGAGCCACUCUGCACAAGUGGGAGCAACGGACACUUCGCAAGCAGAAGUCCUAGACGCGGUGGUUUGCAACGCUGGAGGUCUGAGAAGGGCAGUUGCGCUUCAAACACAUUAAGAAUCCUGCAGUCUGGAUUCACCUACAAUGUGGACAUUUUAGUAUUGGUGGCAACGUUCUCUGAGUGAAGCUCCCUUGUUUUGUGUUAUUUGUGUUUUUUUUAUCCAGGGAUAGCUCAUGAACCGGUAUUUUUUAGUGUGGAAUUCUGUUUUCAAUUUGAACUCUGCUGCUUGGACAAAUGCAUACAAAUGCAUUUAGGAGCCCAAAGGACAAGGAGUGGAAACAUUUCUCCCACAGCAAAAACGAGAACCCUCCUCCUUUUAUUUGCAAUAUGCACAGCAGUAUUAUUUGCACAAGAACAUGCACAAGCCCAAGGAGUAGAUAUUCUUCAUCAACUUGGCCUUACAGACAGCAGAGAAAGACAUUCCACAAGCAGGACUGCUCACCCAUCCUCUUCGCCUUCAUUUCCUCGAGGCGUUCUGCUUUCCAGAGCAGGGGUUAUACUUAUGAGAGAUGCACGUAUUGAGGCUCCAACUUCAAACAUUUUCUCGCCAGACUUUGGAAAUGAAUUUACAAUUAUCGUGAGCCUGCGCUCUCAAAAAGCGAACAACGCUUUCCUUUUCAGCGUUAAAAACAAGAAAAACAGAUUGCAGUUCGGCAUCCAGCUUUUGCCAAAGAAGAUAGUAGUUUACAUCGCAGAGAAGAAGUCUGUAUAUUUUAGUUACAACGUGCACAAUCUACAGUGGCACUCCUUUGCCAUUGGCGUCAGCGAGAGGUCUGUUUCCUUUUAUUCUGAGUGCGGUGGAAAACAUGUCAGCAAGGAGACGCUCACGAACCCACAGAAACUGGGUUCUGAUGGAUCCCUCACCUUAGGAAGAAUGAACUUGAAAGCCGUUCAGUUUGAAGGUGUACUAUGUCAGCUGGACAUUUACCCCUCUGCGCAGGCUUCUGCAAACUAUUGCAAUUAUGUGAAAAAACAAUGCCGUCUUGCUGACACAUACCGAUCAGCGCCGCCGUUGGUUAAUGAGGCAUCAAGUGGCUAUUUAGGUUUAACCCCAAAAUCCAUGGAUUCCCAAUAUAGUGAUGGAUCUCCUGUAAAUACUACAGAGCAGCACACUGUCACUAAACCUUCCUCUAACCCUGUUACAAAUAACAUUGCAACAGUUACUUCACUAAACCAGCACUCCAGUUUAAAAUCCACACUGAGACAAGAUGCCAAGAAUCAUACUGAUCAAGGGAUUACUGAAAGGGUUCCCUUACUGCAUUCAAAUACCGUUGAAACAGGUUCUUCUCCAGUUCUGGAUUCCGUCACCCAGCAGACUGAGGUGGGGGUUAAACUGAGGAAAGGGACGUCCGCAAGGAGGGGUGCCGGACCCCAGGAGAGUCAGUCAGAGAAAGCCUCCAAAGAUGCAAACCGAACGAAAAUGCAGCUGAAACAGGACAAGUCACCCCCCUUAAUAUCUCCAGUGAAGCAGAGCAAGAUAAAAGAGAGCUUACAGGAUGAAAGCAGUCUAAGGCAAUCAAUGGACAACGUAAUGGAAGUUCAAUUGAAAAUCAACAGAACUUUAUACAGGUCACCCGAGCAAAUGUCUGCCAACAAUCAGGUGGAUCCGUGGGAGGAAGCUACGUAUACCGAUGCCAGUUUCAACACAGAAACAGCCUAUGAUGUUGAUAUGGAAAAUUACGACUACAGCUACGGAGAUCUGGACUACUCUGUUGAUUAUGAUGGUCUGCCAGGGCCAAAAGGCGAUCCUGGACCUCCAGGUCCCACAGGCCCACCAGGCCUCCCUGGUCCCCCAGGGGGAAGAGGUCCGAGGGGGCCGCCAGGGCCGCAUGGGAAUCCCGGGUUACCUGGCCCGCCAGGUGCAAAGGGUUCAAAAGGAGAUCCAGGAUCAUCACCAGGUCAGACCCCACCUGGAGAGAAGGGGGAUCAGGGUUUCUCAGGUGAAGCCGGUCCACGAGGAACAGAUGGGGCAGAGGGUCCCAAAGGGUAUCCAGGACUACCAGGUCUUCCAGGCGAACAAGGAAUCCCAGGAACGAUGGGCAGCGCUGGGGCAGCUGGUUACCCUGGCAGGCAGGGUUUAGUUGGACCAGAAGGUAACCCCGGUAUCAAAGGUGUAAGAGGUUUUAUAGGACCUCCUGGAGUGGCGGGACCACCUGGACCGGAAGGAGAAAGAGGUGUUCCUGGUUCUAUAGGAAAGAAAGGUCCCAAAGGCAGACAGGGUUUUAUUGGUGAUGUCGGGGGAAGAGGCCCUCCUGGGUCAGAUGGCAGUCCAGGCCCCGUUGGUGGAACUGGGACGGGUGGAUUUCCUGGGCUCAGGGGCGACGUUGGGCCUGAGGGACCUCGUGGGCUGACAGGGAUUGUUGGACCUCAGGGCCUACCGGGAAACACGGGACAGCCUGGAUUGAAAGGUGAUAAGGGGGAGCCUGGCUUAUUGGGACAUCCUGGAGAAACUGGUUAUCAGGGAGAUAAGGGUGCAUCUGGUUUACCAGGACCAUCAGGAAUUCGAGGGAAGCCUGGACCAACUGGAAAAAUUGGUGACCAGGGAGCACAGGGACCACCCGGCCCCCCAGGACCAGAGGGUUUUCCUGGAGACAUUGGUGUUCCAGGUCCAAAUGGCCCACAUGGUCCAAAGGGAGCACCAGGUAAUCGAGGACCCCCCGGACCCCCUGGGCCCAAAGGAAUUGAGGGGGAUGAAGGGCUCCUUGGACCUCCAGGGGGUCUUGGAAGUACUGGAAGACCAGGAAGGAAGGGAUAUAUCGGGGAGCCUGGGCCAGAAGGCUUGAAGGGAGAGCCGGGUGACCCAGGAAAUGCUGGAAAAAUUGGGCUGCAAGGGCCUGUUGGUUUAAUCGGAUCUCCUGGUCUAAUUGGAGUGCCUGGUGAAAAGGGAGACCGAGGUCCCACAGGUCCUUUGGGCCCACCCGGAGAAAAAGGAUCCAUGGGGUACCCAGGUCCUCCAGGAGGUUCAGGAGGAGUUGGUCCACAAGGGUUACCUGGACCAGCCGGACCAAGAGGGACACCAGGGACACCGGGAAUCAAAGGGCGAAGAGGGCCACGAGGUGCAGAUGGUCUGGCUGGGGAGCCUGGGCCACAAGGUAUUAAGGGUGAAAGAGGUGAUCCCGGCAGGAAAGGCAUACAGGGACUCAUUGGAAAAGCUGGGAAUCCCGGAGAGAGAGGCCUUCCAGGAAUACCAGGUACACCUGGGUAUCCUGGAAGCACAGGGGAGAAAGGAGCCCACGGAGAGUCAGGCCCCAGGGGACCGCAAGGGGAGCCCGGUCUGGCAGGGGAGAUCGGCCUUCAGGGACCCCCUGGACCAGAGGGAGACCCCGGCCAUCAAGGGGAGCCUGGUGAAAAGGGAGACGUUGGACCAGCUGGAAGUGAGGGUGAGCAGGGACAACAAGGAAUGAGGGGUCAACCAGGUCCGGCAGGCGAAGACGGUAUACAAGGAAAAGAUGGAUUGAAGGGGGAGAUCGGUGACCCAGGACCUUUCGGUGAGACCGGCGAUAAAGGUGAUGCUGGAGAUCCCGGUGUCAUUGGUCCUCCUGGUGACGUUGGGAGAAAUGGAAUACAAGGACCCGAAGGAAAACCAGGACUUCCAGGACACCGUGGUCGCCCAGGAAAGAAGGGUGAGAGAGGCCCGACUGGAUAUAUUGGAGAAGUUGGGUCUAUAGGGGAUCCAGGACCACCGGGAGAAACGGGACUGAAAGGCGGAAGAGGAACUCGAGGACCCGUGGGGCAUUUGGGAUUGAUGGGUCCGGUAGGAGAGCCGGGAAUUCUGGGAUACAGUGGUCAUCUAGGCAAACUAGGUCCAGCUGGUCCACCUGGUCCUAAAGGUCUGAAGGGUUUCCCAGGAGAAGACAGCACUGUACCAGGACCACCCGGGCCCUUAGGUGAACCAGGCUCUGCUGGUGAGCGUGGGGACCGAGGAGAGCCUGGAGAUGAAGGCUACAAGGGUCAUGAGGGCAUUCCUGGGCCUAGAGGAGCCGUUGGACAGCAAGGAUCACCAGGGCAUCUAGGGGAGCGUGGAGAGCAGGGUCCCAAAGCAGAACGAGGGCCGCAGGGAGUGACUGGAAAGAAAGGAGCACGUGGGCCAGCAGGCAAACCUGGCUCUAUAGGAAAAUCAGGCCCGUCUGGUCCAAAAGGAACUGCAGGGUAUUCAGGAUUUGAAGGUCCUCCAGGAAACCCUGGAAAACCUGGGCUAGUUGGAAAAGUUGGACUUCCAGGUGAGCGAGGAGCCCUUGGGCUGGUGGGGCUGGCUGGAUAUCCUGGUCCCCAUGGCAAGGGGGGGCUGCCUGGGACCCCUGGAGGCAGGGGGCCAAAUGGACCCAAGGGCGAGCAAGGCCUACCAGGUGAGCCAGGCCCUGCAGGAGACAAGGGGCUUUCGGGCUCCCAAGGAGACCAGGGGAGAACUGGAGAGCAUGGCAUGAAAGGACAACCAGGUGACCCAGGGGAUCAAGGUCUUUUUGGCUUUCAAGGAUUUCCAGGCCCAAAGGGCCCAGUUGGGGACUUUGGCCUGACCGGCAUUCCUGGUCCCAAAGGUCAUGUUGGCAUUCUUGGAUAUACUGGACCUGUGGGUCCCACUGGCAUAAUAGGUCCGGUCGGAAAACCUGGUCCUAAAGGAGAAAGAGGAAGCCGAGGGGAAAUGGGUCCUCAAGGGCCAAAUGGACACCCAGGGCCACCUGGUCCACCUGGGCCACCUGGACCAAUGAAACAAAUGGAUAUUAACUCAGCCAUUCACGCCUUGAUUAAAUCCAACACAGCUUUGCAACUGGAGAGUUACCUGAACAAUGAUAUGCCUUCGCUAGAUAAAAGUGCAGAGAUGUUCCAAACUCUACACUACCUAAGCAAUCUAAUGCACAGUAUAAAGAACCCUCUAGGCACUCGAGAUAACCCAGCACGGAUCUGCAGGGACUUGCUGAACUGUGAACACACACUGUCAGAUGGAAAAUACUGGAUAGAUCCCAAUCUGGGAUGCCCAUCUGAUGCUAUCGAGGUUUUCUGCAAUUUUACUGCUGGUGGUCAGACGUGCCUAAAUCCUGUGUCAGCAUCCAAGGUGGAGUUCGGAGUUGGAAAAGUACAGAUGAACUUUCUUCAUUUGCUGAACACAGAAGCCACACAUACCAUAACAAUCCACUGUUUGAACACUCCUGUCUGGAAUACCACAGAUGCAGAUCGACAGAGGAAUUCUGUUUCCUUCAGGGGUUGGAAUGGGCAGAUGUUUGAGGCAAACAAAUUACUUGAACCACGUGUGCUACUAGAUGAAUGCAAGAUUGAAGAUGAUAGCUGGCGUCAGUCACGGUUUCUGUUCCACACUCAGGACAGUAAUCAGCUUCCCAUUACAGAAAUUCAACAUCUGCCUCAUCUCCAGCGUGGGCAGCAGUACAGAGUGGAGGUGGGUCCUGUCUGCUUUCUCUGAAGAACCUUGGAGUGCACAGAGCCUACCUGCCUCUCGUUAGGAAGACACUUUGAACAACACGUCAUUGUCAACGUCCUCAUUGUGAGAGACCAUGAAGAGAUACAUGACCAAUGCACAACGUGGACCUUAAAGGACUUCUCAGGAAGAACCCUUUCUAUGGAAAUAAAAAAUAACUUUAUUAAGGAAGCAUAUAUAUAUAUAUAUAUAUAUAUAUAUAUAUAUAUAUAUAUAUAUAUACACAGUUGUACUCAAAAGUUUACAUACCCCAAUGGAAAUAUAUCAUUUCUAGAAAUUUCUCAAACAAAGAAUGCUAGGAAAAAUCUUUUGUAGCAAAAGUUUUACUAUUGUGGAUAAGGAACAAAAGUUAAGAAAUAGAUGCCUACAAUUAUUUAUUUCAGCAAUUUUUUUUGCAAAACUCCAAUAAUACUAAUUCAAAAGUAAAAGUAUUCAUACCCUUUGAUGCCAUGAUAGUAUUGUCUACAAGGUGCUAGAAAUUUCAAUGUGAUAUGCAAAACCUAAUUCUAGAAAAUGCUGGAUUGUAGGUGAGUGUAAAAAGGUUAGGCAUAGGAUGAUUGCUGUCAUUACCAAUAAGUCGAUAAGGGAAAAAAUAAAGAGCUAACUGAAGACCUUAGGCAGAAAAUGAUUUAUUGUCAUAAAGCUGGAGAAGGAUACAAGAAGAUUUCCAAGCAUUUGAGUAUUCUAAUUUCAACUAUUAUUUCAACUAUUAUCAAGAAGUAGAAGACUCAUGGUACUGUCACAACGCUCCCUCGGUCAGGGAGAAGGAACAAGUACAAGAAUUGUGAGGAAGGUCAAUGACAAUCUGAGAUUGACUGCCAAAGAUAUUCAAAGUGAAUUGGCUGCAAGUGGGACUGGGGUUUCCAUUUCAACCAUAGGUCGAGUAUUGCAUGGUGAAGGUCUCAAUGGUCACAGGCCAAGGAAAAAGCCACUCUUAGGAUAACAUCACAAGGACAAUCGCUUAAAGUUUGCAAAAUGGUAUUUGAAUGAUAGAUAUGAGUUCUGGUCAAAGGUUUUGUGGAGUGAUGAAACAAAAAUCAAGCAAUAGUCGUUACGUUUGGAGAAAGUCUGGUGAGGCGUUGUGAAAGGAUGGCUAUAGGGGUGACGUCAGACCAGAAACAGAAACCACAACAAGCAAUGGCAGGGCGAACUGAGACUCUACGGCACUCCGUGUUUUAUUAAAUAAUAAAAUAAACAGUUUAAACAAAACAAAAGACUUUAUAAAAUAAACAGCAUGCUUGCCAAAAGAAACAAACAAUAAUGAAACAAGUAUCGUGCUGGCUGUUCCAGCACGAGUAGCAAAUUUUAGUUAUUUCUUUUUAUCUCUCUCCACACCCGUUCUCCACUCACGAACACAGCUGCAGGUCAAUAUAGUUGUGACCGAGGGAUUAACUAGAUAACAAUUAUCUCAUCAAACCCUCGGUCACAUCUUGCAUGGGUUUACUAAGGUUGUGUGACUGUCAGCCAAUUCAAUAGUUACAAGCUGACAGUUGUGCAUUCUCACAAGGUAUUUUAAACAAUAACAAAUACAUUUUGUUAAAUACAUAAUAAAUCAUAACACCAGCUUACCAAAUAAAAUAAUUUGAAUGAACUGGAACAAUUUUGCAUUGAAGAAUGAUUGAAAAUCACUAAAGAAUCAUGCCAAAAGCUCAUUGCCAAAUAUCCUAAUUGUUUAAAAGAGGUUAUUAUUGCUAAAGGUGCCUCAACUAUCUAUUGAUUUAAUUUUCCCUGUCGUGGUAUGAAUACUUUUGAAUUAGCAUUUUUGGAGUUUUGCAAAACAAUUGCUGAAAUAAAUAAUUUUAGACAUCUAUUCUUAUAACUUUUUUUUCCUCAUCCAUAAAAGCAAAACUUUUGCUACAAAAGAUUUUAUACAAUUCUUUUUUUUCAAGAAAUUUCUAGAAAUUAUAAAUUUCCAUUAGGGUAUGUAAACUUUUGACUACAACUGUAUAUAUAAAAUGAAAUAUUUGUUGAAAUAUAUGAAAGGGUGCUUUCUUCUAUAGUUUCCUGGAAGAGUGAAAUCUUUCAGGGCCACUGCAGAUAUCAUCAGAAACUUGGCCAGCACUGUUCAGCUCCAUAAUAAAAGCUGGAGAUAUGGCCAGGAUCAUAGCAAACUGAAACGUUCCCAAACGUGCAAUAGCGUGUGGAAUAUUAAUUAGUGCAUUCUAAUCCCAUACUUUGAUCAGUCUUUUAGUCAAACCUUUUGUCUAACAGAUGGUGCUCUACCUCCUAUUUGUUUAGUCCAUUUUACCAUCGUGCUUUAAGUAAACUAAAGGUGCUUGUGGUUUUAAGUGAAAGAAAAAAAAAGUAUGUAUUUUUAUUUCAAGCUGUAUGUACUGGUUACAUCAAGGUUUCUUCUGUUGUAAAAGUACUGAUUUGAAAUCCUUUUCUGGUCACUUAUUUCAACAGACUUUAUUUAUAUGAACUGUUUUGUUGAUAAGAUACCUAUGUCAAGUUUGAAUUUUGUGUUGUUGAAGUGCACAUCAUACACGGUGCGUGUAGAUAUGGCAAGUUUCAGCCAGUGUAAGGAAUGUUGUAGAGCAACUUCAGUAUUUUUUAUUAUUUUGAGUUUAGUUGAUGGAGUGUAGUUUGCUAUUUUAUUAUAGAUAUAAAUGAACCUUUGGUGUCAUUCGAGAAAGUCUUUUCCUGUGUAUAUUUUGACAUUGUUGGUUUAUUUAUAUGAUAUCAUAUUUUUUCAGUUACUGUACCACAGUCCUCAUGCCAACAUUUUAACCAUUUGGUUUCCCUGAUGCAGUCCACUUUUGUAGAAUUCUCAGCAUUAUUAAAAGAGAUUAGUUUGUGCAUAACAAACUGGCAGCUACCACAAGCCAGAAUUCAGUAUAUUUAUCAUUUUUAUUCAAGUUCUUACAAUGGUGAUGAUAUAAUAUUGUAGCUGCAUUAAGGACAUUUGCAUUUUUGUAAAUAUAAAAUAUGCCAAAAAUAAAUAAAUAAAAUAAAAGUAUUCCUAACCCUAAAGAA